CUUGACAUCAGCCGGCGAGUCUAGCUUGUAUUCUAGUGGCUGCGCUCAGAUCAGCGGCAUGCUUCACGGAGAUAUGUACCUUUCGUUCCCCUCAGCACCACCGACAUGGAUUGCAAAACCCCCGCUCUUCUUUUGAUCUUGUCAUCCCUCAUAUGUCGAGGAGAAGCGAGUAGCCAUCCCCCCAAUGAAGUUAAUCUGCUGGAUUCAAAGGCAAGUCAGGGGGAGCUGGGGUGGAUCUCCUACCCAGCCCAUGGGUGGGAGGAGAUCAGUGGGGUGGAUGAGCACUACACGCCAAUCCGUACGUACCAAGUGUGCAAUGUAAUGGAGUACAAUCAGAAUAACUGGCUGAGAACAAAUUGGAUUGCACGGAAUUCUGCCCAAAAGAUCCAUGUGGAGCUCAAGUUUACUCUGCGAGACUGCAACAGUAUUCCUCUUGUCUUGGGCACAUGCAAGGAAACCUUCAACCUAUAUUACAUGGAGUCUGACGAGGACCAAGGAGUCAAGUUCAGGGAACACCAGUUCAGCAAGAUUGACACCAUUGCAGCAGAUGAGAGCUUCACACAGAUGGAUCUUGGUGACCGUAUCCUUAAGCUCAACACAGAAGUGCGAGAGGUAGGCCCUGUGAGCAAGAAGGGCUUCUAUCUGGCAUUCCAGGAUGUGGGAGCUUGUGUGGCACUGGUCUCAGUACGGGUAUACUUUAAGAAAUGCCCAUUCACAGUCAGAAACUUAGCCAUGUUUCCCGACACAGUCCCCAUGGACUCUCAGUCUCUGGUAGAAGUGAGGGGCUCAUGUGUCAAUCACUCCAAGGAGGAGGAGCCUCCCAGGAUGUUCUGCAGCACAGAUGGCGAGUGGCUAGUACCGAUUGGAAAGUGCCUGUGUAAUAGUGGCUUUGAGGAGCGAGGGGCAUCCUGUCAAGUUUGUAGACCUGGCUUCUACAAAUCCUUCUCUGGGAAUAUGAAAUGUGCCAAGUGUCCUCCACACAGUUACAGCCAUGAAGAAGGAGCCGUGCAUUGCAAGUGUGAAAAGAACUACUUCCGAGCACUGAAGGACCCAGCCUCCAUGGCUUGCACAAGACCACCCUCUGCUCCAAGGAAUGUAAUUUCCAACAUCAAUGAAACCUCUGUCAUUUUGGACUGGAGCUGGCCUUUGGACACAGGAGGCCGUAAGGAUGUGACCUUCAGUGUGGUGUGCAAGAAGUGUGGUUCCAACAACCGCCACUGUGAGCCAUGCCGUGAUGCUGUCCACUUCUUGCCUCAGCAAACAGGGCUAUUCAACUCUACAGUCACCGUCACUGACCUUUUGGCUCAUACCAACUAUACGUUUGAGGUGGAGGCUUUCAAUGGUGUUUCAGACUUGAGCUCUGGCCCUCGACUAUUUGCUGCAGUCACCAUCACCACCAAUCAAGCCGGUAAGGCCCCCUCUGCAGUAACAGUCAUAAGAAAGGACCGCACCUCCAGGAACAGCAUCUCCAUGUCAUGGCAGGAGCCUGAACAUCCCAAUGGCAUCAUUCUGGACUAUGAAGUCAAGUACUAUGAGAAGCAGGAACAAGAGACAAGUUACACCAUCCUGAGAUCAAAAGGCACAAAUGUAACCAUCAGUGGGCUGAAGGCAGACACUACUUACGUGUUCCAGAUCCGUGCACGCACAGCAGCGGGUUAUGGUGGGAGCAGCCGCAAGUUUGAAUUUGAAACCAGUCCUGACUCUUUCUCCAUUUCGAGUGAGAACAGUCAAGUUGUGAUGAUCGCCAUCUCUGCUGCUGUUGCCAUUAUUCUCCUCACUGUGGUGGUCUACAUCCUCAUUGGAAGGUUUUGUGGACACAACAAGUCAAAAGAGAGUGAAGAGAAAAGAUUGAAUUUUGGAAAUGGUCACUUAAAGCUCCCUGGCAUCAGGACCUAUGUGGACCCACACACUUACGAGGACCCAUGUCAGGCUGUGCAUGAGUUUGCCAAGGAGCUAGAUGCCUCCUGCAUAGCCAUUGACAAGGUGGUGGGUGCAGGAGAAUUCGGAGAGGUGUGUAGCGGACGCCUGAAGCUGCCUUCCAAGAAGGAGAUCUCAGUGGCCAUCAAAACUCUGAAAGCUGGCUACACAGAUAAGCAGAGACGAGAUUUCCUAAGUGAAGCCAGCAUCAUGGGACAGUUUGACCAUCCAAAUAUUAUCCGACUGGAAGGGGUUGUGACCAGAAGUAAACCAGUCAUGAUUGUCACUGAAUAUAUGGAAAAUGGUUCCCUGGACAGCUUUCUUAGAAAGCAUGACGCCCAAUUCACUGGAAUCCAGCUUGUGGGGAUGCUUCGUGGGAUUGCUUCUGGCAUGAAGUAUCUGUCAGACAUGGGAUAUGUCCACCGGGACCUGGCAGCUCGCAACAUCCUUGUGAACAGCAACCUGGUGUGCAAAGUAUCUGAUUUUGGGCUGUCACGUGUGCUGGAGGAUGACCCAGAGGCAGCUUAUACCACUCGGGGUGGGAAGAUCCCAAUUCGAUGGACAGCACCUGAAGCAAUUGCUUAUCGCAAAUUCACCUCAGCUAGCGAUGUAUGGAGCUAUGGCAUCGUCCUCUGGGAGGUCAUGUCUUAUGGAGAGAGACCUUACUGGGAGAUGUCCAAUCAGGAUGUGAUCAAAGCAGUAGAUGAAGGAUAUCGCUUGCCUCCCCCCAUGGACUGCCCUGCUGCUCUCUACCAGUUGAUGUUGGACUGCUGGCAGAAAGACCGGAACAAUAGGCCCAAGUUCGAACAGAUUGUCAGCAUUCUGGACAAGCUGAUCCGGAACCCCAGUAACCUUAAAAUAACUGCCAACACUGCCUCCAGGCCAUCAAACCUUCUACUGGACCAAAAUAGCACUGAUGUCACAGGCUUCCGCUCCAUGGAGGACUGGUUGGAGAGUGUUCAGAUGGUGCCCUGCAAGGACAGCUUUGCUGGGGUUGGCUACAGUUCCUCUGAAACUCUAACUAAAACAGCUGCAGAAAUAUGCCUGACUGACAUCAAACCAGUGUGGCCUUCGCCUGAGCUCGACCUGGCCCUAGGAAUUUCAACACUUUAACCUCAACAAUCCCAGAUGGGACUUUAAGAAGAUGGGUGUCUCGAUCGUUGGACCACAGAAGCAGAUAAUAAGCAGCAUUAAAGCACUUGAAACGCACACAAAGAACGGCCCUGUUCCUGUGUAAGCAUGGACCUUCUCAGCUCCAGGCCACUGAGGAACAGGUCUGAGGGUCUCAGGAAGACCACAUAGCACUCUGAAUCUGGACGCCUCUAACUCUUGGGGGUUGCAUAUUGUUGCCUUAAUACAUAAAAAUGUCCAUAAGGGAGCAAAGCAGCAUUGCCUCGCCAACCCUGUUGAGGGAGCAUAGCCUCUACUUGCUGCACCAGAAGGCUGAAAGUCCUUAUUCAGAUGAGCGGAGAUAAAUCACACCCUGAAUCCCUGGGGAAAAUGUGCAGUCCAAUAGGAACGCAGUGUGUUUCUGUAAGUCUCAACUCAAAUCAUCACUUUUAUACAAAGGAUAUGUGGACCUGGAGAACUCGAUGCCCUGUGGAGCAGGGAAGAAGGACAUUUCUGGAUGAAUAUUUUUUUCAGCCAUAAAAUCACUUAGCAAUAAAUGAAAGCAAUGUCACGGAGGGAAAGGCCUGACCAGCCACUGGACAGCCAGGUCCCAGGGUCUGCCAGCAGGUGCAUGCAGGGUAGUAGCAAGUGGAUCACACAUUAGAGUAGGCUGGGUUGGCUUGACACUUUUACACACUGAAUUCCUGUUGCACCUUUUCGUUCAUUCUUCUCAUCCUGCAGCUCUUUUAACUCACCCACCCAUCAGAAAGACAAGUGCCCUAGAGCACUAGAAGCAGCUGCUGGAAAGCCUUCCCUCUCCUGAAGGCCACAGAACUUACAAGCAAGCAGGAGAAGAAGGGUUCUUACAAAUGGAGUCUUACGUGCAGGUUUGGCAGAUGUUAUUGGCCAAUUGCCCCUGAAGUGGACUUAGACUGCCCAUAUUUUGAGACUUGAAAUCCACUAUACUUGGUUAUUAAGGUCAGUUUCCCCACACCGAGGGAGGUUUAAUGUGAUCUGGGCAUGGUUUUGCAUAAUAAAAGCAGCCACUAAUGAAUUACCAUUUUGGUCAGAAACAUGCCAAAGUGUAUGUGUAUUUAUACACAUUAACAGCUACUUGUUAUGAACCAACUAAUAAACAUUUUUUAUCUUUGUAUGAAUGGCGAUUGCCUGUUACCCUUAUGCAUAAAACAAUAACCUAUUGUGUAUGACCUGAAAAGCUGAAAUGUUUGUGACUUAAACAGUACCAACUGUCAAGCUGUGCUGAGCAAUGACACCUUCAUGUCAUGUUGGAGUUACCGGGUGAACAACGUGAAAAUGUGGAAGUAUUGACUUCUUUAGACAACCACACAGUAUGGCUAGUUGGAGGUUAUUCAAGAAUUGCUACUCUCUCUUCAUACUGUCAGAUGUUUUUUGCAUUACAUAUACUAUAAAUGAAUUAUACAGUAUUAUUUCAUUUUAUUAUAGAUUGGUUUAUAGCUAUAUUUCCAAACACUUCUACGCUGCACACCAAGUAAAUAAACAACAGAUGUCAGCCAGGCUAAUGCUGAUCGCAACAAAGGUAUUCACUUUUCUUGCAUUUUUACUUGCAAACAUUUUAUGCUGUUUUAUGUUGAAGCUCAAAUUAGACUUGACUGGGAUGAGAACUAAAAUUCCACAACACAAAUAUUAAAGUUCCCAGGUUGGGAAGAAAAAAGUUCAUCUCAUUAUCCAAGAUGAAAGUAAGGAACUCGGGGGAAACAUGUAGACCUGAACUUCUUCCACUUGCUGACCUUUCAUGGCAUUUAACAAGGAUAUCAUAACAAGAAACGUGGCUGCAAUAACCGUGAUAAUUCCAGCACCAUCUUAUUUGGUCAUCAACAUAAACCAACACUAAAUAUAAAGGGCCAAAACGUCGGCUAGGUUUGUUGCGACCAGUAUAAGCCUAUUAUUGUGUAAAAUGGUUAGUCUGCAAGUUUUUAAGUCAGUGAAAAUAUUCCAGUGAACCAAAAAACAGUAGUAGGAGGAAAUACAACAUGCUCACAAAUACAUUUUUGUGGCAGUAAAGUUCAUAUUCAACGCAAAAUUCAUUGUUUUUAAUUGUGUACUCAUUUUGAGGUUCUGGGUGCUUCUUAAUACAUGAAUGCUUCAGCAUUAUUGCUGAGAUGUGAAGGAAGCCAUUUCAGCCACCAUGCUUCCUGUUGCAGGGUUGUGGCAUUUGAAAUCAAUAGUCAGUCAGUGGGAGAUGUUGUGGUCUCUUGAUGUUUCUUAAGUUCUCAAAUUUCAUUUUAUGACUUAGAGCAUGACAUGAAUGUGUUUUUCCACUCGGAGCUCAUGUUUAAAGAAUGGUUAUUCUAACACAAAGGGCAUGCCCCACAUUAUCCACACAUGCAUGUGAGACAGAAAGAGUAGCCUUUUAGAUGUAUCAAAAAUGGUUGAUAUAAUUCAUCCGCUGCCACUACAUACUUUAGCCAGAGAGGAAAGCUCUUGGGUCUGCAUCUCCUGGCCUUUCCCACCUACAACAGUGCCAUAUACUCAACUUAGAUACAAAAAAAAGCAAAGCUAGUUUGGCUUAUUUCAACAAGAAUAAGUGUAUGCCAUGGUCACCUAGUCAAGUAAUGCCUUAAAAUUGAGCAGAGUGCCAACAGGAGUCCAUUGUGUGAUUCACAGUAUUAUUAUAAUUGCUAACUUGUACAUAUGUAAAGAUAUAGUGUAUCUCCAGCUAGCCUCACACCAGUGUGGCCAUCACAGUACAUGUCCUGUGUAGACAUGGGCAGAAGAGACGUCCAGGCAAGUGAGCAAAGCUGCUCUGAACUGCCAGAAGAAAGAUCCUUUCUCUUCAUUAUUUAUUUCCACUCAACAUCCACUUAAAGGGUUUCCUUUCAUCUACAAUUAUUUCAAACAUGCCACAUGAUUUUUGUUUUAUUAUUAUUACUACUUUUUGUUAUUAAUUUGACCCUAUUGAAGAAAGUAGGUUCACAAAAUGGAUGGAUAGUUUGAUGCUAUAAAUCCUGAUUUUCAUUGUGUAUUAAAAAAAAUAUCCCUCAUAUAGGUUUUUUUGUGUGCAGAUGUAGAUUGCCUCCUACUAAUGUAAAAGGGUUUGUAGUGGAAACAUUUAUAUUUUUAUAAUAAAUAUAAUGAAAAUAUUUUUUACAGAAUGCA